GGGCUCAAGCGGAUCGUGUAAGUAGCCGCCAUGCCGAACAAGAACCCCUUCCCCUGGGUACCACGCGGAUGGGUCAAUGCAGUCUUCCCCUGGCUAAGAUGGAGCCUGAUGUGGUUCUAUACCUUCACUUACCGCACUCUCAGUCUCCUUCCAUCCCUAAGGGAUAGAUCUGCAGCUCAGCCCCUGACUGCUCUAGCUGACAGGCAACUACUGGCUUGCGGUUCAUGUGUCAGUGUGAAUAUUGGUAGAGGUAUUCCCAAAAAACGAGUCCAGGAAGCUUUGGUGACGCCUCUAGGACUUCUUGGUGAUUCCCAGUCAGCGCCCUACAUCGCAAUCUGGGGCGGUCACGCUGGCUUCAACAAAGCAGUGAUGCUGUGGAGUUCAGAAGUCAUCGCUGCGGUCAAUGCAGAUGCAGCAGGGGGCGGUCCAGCCGAGUUUUUCUAUGGCGCCAGUGGUGAACAAUUCACCCUCAGUGGUGUGGAUUGGAGCGUGAUGAAGACCGGUGUCCAUGUGUUGUUGGGAACUUCCGUGCUACUGGAGGUGACCCUUCUGAAGGGUCCCUGCAAGCAGCUGGAUCGCUACUUCAGUGCCCCAGGGGACAAGGGACGCAUCGACCCCAAGAAGUUUCCGGAGAAGUCGCGGGUCUUGGCAAAGGUGCUGAGACCUGGCACGGUGAAGGCUGGAGAUCCGGUGAAGAUCUUCCAACAUCCGAAGGGACCCCAGCCACUGCAGAUCCAAGGAUAAACACAUUGUAGGCUGAGUCUUUGCGACCAUCUUUUGUUGGGGAACUGGUGGAGGUCUCAAAGCCCAAGCUAGUUGGACCAAAGUGCACAAAGAUCCAUGAAGAACAUGUGAAACAUGUCAGCAAGUUGAUGGUGGUUUGGCAAAUUUUGUGGGACGUCUGGGUGGCUUGUACAGGACCGUACCCAGAUAUGGACCCUUAAAAGUGUCCGACAUUACUCAAAGGAGGUCCAAAAGC